ACAUUUGUUUUUGUGGCUUUGGGGGAGAGAGACGAGAAAAUGGGUGAUCUUGAAACAAAAAAUUUGGCAGAAUCCCAUGCCAUGGUUGGUGGAUAUGGAGCUCAAAGCUAUGCUAAAAAUUCUUCCUACCAGAGGGCAGUGGUGAAUGCUGCAAAGGAAAUGGUAAAAGACGCCAUAGCUGAUAAGCUUGACUUCAAAACCCUGGAAUUUGAUGCUUCCAACACGUUUAAAAUCGCGGAUUUGGGAUGCUCCACUGGCUCUAACACCUUCAUUGCCGUGCAAAACAUUUUAGAAUCUGUAGAGCAAAAUUACCUUAACGAGCAUCAAAACCCGUCAACUCUAGAAUUCCAAGUCUUCUUUAAUGAUCACUACGAUAAUGACUUCAACACUCUCUUUAAAACCCUUCCUCCCUCCCGAAAAUACUUUGCCACUGGUGUUCCAGGUUCUUUUUAUAGCCACUUGUUUCCCAAGUCCACUCUUCAUUUUGUAUAUUCCUCCUAUGCAUUGCACUGGCUCUCUAAGGUUCCAGAAGAAAUUGUGGACAGUAAAUCUCCUGCAUGGAAUAAAGGCAGUAUUCAGUGUACAGGAUUUGUGAAAGAGGUCGCCGAGGCGUAUGCAGCGCAGUUCAAAAACGACAUGGAGUGUUUUCUGAAUGCUAGAGCUGAAGAACUUGUGGGCGGCGGGUUGAUGGUGAUUGUAAUAUCUACUUUACCAAAUGGGAUCCCUAUGUCUAACACUGCUGAGGGUAAAAUUUAUGAUUUGCUGGGAUCUUGCCUUAUUGACUUGGUCAAGAUGGGAUUGAUUAGUGAAGAAAAAGUGGACUCCUUUAACUUCCCUUUAUACUAUCCAACCUGUGAGGAGUUGGAGGAGAUUAUACAUAGAAAUGGAUUAUUCAGCACUGAGAGAAUGAAAGUAUUCGCUCCCAUUGUGCCAGGAGAAAUGACAUUCUCUGCUGAACGUUCUACCUCUCAGAUUAGAGCGGUCUUUGAGGGACUCAUGAAGGAGCAUUUCGGGGGUGAGUUUAUAGACCAGAUAUUCAACAAUUUCACCGCAAAGCAGCUUGAGGAGACUUUCUUAAAAUCUGGUGUUUUAAAAAACCAUAACAAGAUUGAUCUAUUCAUAGCUCUCAAGCGCAUUAUGAACUGAUUAUUAGA